CUGUGCAGUGCAGUCCUCGCGCGUGUGUUGGUCAUAGAAUGGCAGCGGUUGUGGCGGUAGAGUGCGCGUGCUAGAGUGAGCAAGUGCUUGUUAUUCGUGUUAACUUCUUGGAAAACAGCCUGGGAGGUCGACUGCAUUAAUCCGGCAAUGGCAGGAGAACCAAUGAAGGUGCCGCCUCCCGGUUAUGCUGAGCCUCCGCCAUCUUACCAGGCGUCCAUGCAAGGCUUCCAACCCACCCCUGGCUACCCUGCACCGGGCACGCAGCCCCCACCGCCUCCAGGAUUUGCAGCGUCGGCUCCUCCCCCAGGCGGUGCUGCUCCUCCCGGCGGCCCUGCGCCCUACGCAGCAUGGCUCCCACAGGGCACCGCCGUGCCCACGGUGGUAGUCAAUGUGGCUGAAUGGGGGCCUUACCCAGUGCAGCUGACGUGCCCGAACUGCGGCGCACAGGUGCUGACGGCCACGUCAACGCGUCCAGGCCUGCUCACUUGGCUGCUGUCAGGGGCGUGUGUUCUGUUUGGCUGUUGGCUGGGUUGCUGCCUGAUUCCCUGCUGCAUUCCCGAGUGCCAGGAUGUGGACCACCACUGUCCAAGUUGCAAGCGGCAUCUGUGCACCUACCGCAGACUCUGAGGCAUGCCCGUAUGGGACACUCUACUGCAGUCUGGAAACCAUGGGGACCACCAACAAGCCCGGCAGCUUCCCUUUGACAUUUUGCACGUGCCAGACGUGUUGUUGCUGCCUUGGGAGCCUUCCGUACGAACCCACGCUCACCCCUCUGCUCGGGACAGCACCAAAACGAUAGCCGCUGGAACUCCGUGUCCAAGAACGACUCUUUUCAUCACUUCCCGUUUCAAUGGACCUUCCCGUCUUGACAGCGCACAUCACGAGACGCCUUCCCUUUGGCAAUAUUUGUAGUGCAAUACGAGCCCUUAUUUUUGUCACAUAGCGAAUAUGCGAGUAAAUGAGAAACUUAAUUAUUGCUUUUUGAAUACAUGUAGACUCUGACGAUGUGGAUGCUUCGACCAGCUGCUGGUUAGGCACACAGUGCAGAUUGCAUCUGGAAUGGUGGACAGCUGCAAGAACGUCCUUGGCGUGGAUUUUUUUAUGUUGUGGGACGUGUGGCCUACAGUUUAUUUUCCUCAGAGGAGGAGAAAGUGGAAGUUUCGAAUGCAGAAUGCCUCCUUGAAGGGACUGUAAGAGGAGCCCAGAAUCAUGUUUGUAGAACUUUUUUUCAUAAGGAUACUUUUUCAUUCUCGCUGCAACGACCUGCUUGAUUGUGAUGCAGAACGAACUUGACUCAGUUCUAGCAAAAGUUCAUGCUGCUUCCAACAUGCUGUAUUCAAGAUUCUCAGUGAAGAUAGUGUUUACUCAGGCCGCCAUCAAGUUUUGUUCUCACUGCAUGAUGUUUGCGCUUGGUGUUCGCUGAGCGAUAAGGUAAAGGGCUCGACUUUGCACAGUUUGCAAGUAUCCCCUCCUGCAAACCGUGAGAAAUGACAUGCCUGGCUAGUGAGUAGAACAGAAGUGCUAGUGCAAUGGUUCACAAUUUCUGGUUCAUGUGUGAGGAAUCUUAUUAGAUAGUGUGCUAGCUACAAAUUUUGUAAUGCCUAAAGUAAUCAACCUUACAGAACUCUGUUGUUGGCAUGCUCAUAUAUGCGGAAUAUGUAUUGCAACCAUGUUGCGGCUAUGCCUUAAAUUUGUUGCUCGCAAUCUGUCCAAUCAUCUUUUCUUUGAUUGUAUACAGUAUUGUGUAAUCACACUUGUCAACUUUCGUAAGUUGCCUCUGCACUUGUACGUUUUAGGCAGGGAUAGUAAUUUCGGUACUGUAUGUUUAAAUAAAGCGAAACUAUUCUCGAUUCA